AGUCCCCUUUUCGGCUCAGAGAAACCAAGCAUGUCGGACCUGGGCGGACAGAAACAUGGCCACGUCUAUCGUGUGCUCACACAGAACAGCCCCUUUGCUGAUCCAGAUGCUUUUGAACCUGGUGCAGACACCAUCGGGUACCUGCGAGAAAGCAAAGUCCUAGUUAUCGGCGCGGGUGGCCUGGGCUGUGAAAUUCUGAAGGAUUUAGCCUUGUCCGGUUUUACAGAUAUCCAUGUCAUCGACAUGGACACCAUUGAUGUCACCAACCUCAAUAGACAAUUCCUCUUCCGUCAGGCAGAUGUUGGAAAGACCAAGGCAGAGGUGGCAGCAGCCUUCAUCAACAAGCGCUUGGGUCAUCUCGGGGCCAAGGUUACUGCCCAUGUCGGAAAGAUCCAAGACUUCGACGAGACCUUCUACAGGAAGUUCAACCUUCUCAUCGCCGGUCUUGACAACAUUGCAGCACGGCGGUGGAUGAAUGCCACGCUUCACGACAUGGUCGACCGCACCUCAGGGGAGCCCGACCCAAGUACGAUCAUUCCUCUCAUUGAUGGUGGCACUGAGGGCUUUAAGGGCCAAGCUCGUGUGAUCAUUCCGACGAUGACAUCCUGCUUCGAUUGCUCAUUAGAUGCCUUUCCACCCCAGGUGAAUUACCCUCUGUGCACCAUUGCAGAGACUCCGCGUCUACCCGAACAUUGCGUGGAGUAUGCAGUUGUGGUCCUUUGGGAGCAGAGAUUUCCUGGGCAGAAGCUGAACAGGGACUCCCCUGCAGACAUGCAGUGGGUCUACGAACAGGCCAAGGAUCGGGCAGCUACCUUCGGGAUCCCUGGUGUGACCUAUCAGUUGACGAUGGGUGUUGUGAAGCGAAUCAUUCCAGCCAUCGCAUCCACCAAUGCGCUCAUUGCAGCAGCACUUGUGGCCGAAGCUUUAAAGGUGGCAACCUACUGUGGCCCGGUCUUGAACAACUACAUGAUGUACAUGGGUCAGCAGGGUGUAUACACCCACACCUUCCCGUAUCAGAAGAAGGAGGACUGUAUGGUCUGCGGUGGAGCCAAGCUUACCAUGAAGCGUCCGAAGAGCUCAACCCUGCAAGAGCUCUUGGAUGAGUUGGGAUCUCAUCCCAGCCUUCAAUUGUCAAGGCCAUCGAUUUCCAGUACAAGUGGCAUUGUCUUCAUGCAGAAUCCAAAGGCGAUUCGUGAGCAGCAUGAGUACAAGCUCCAGAUGAGCCUCAAGGAUUUGACCCAGGCAGAUCCACCGGUCUUCAGUGAAGGCGAAGAUUUGAUCGUCACAGACCCGAUGCUGCCGACCAAGCUGACAUUACAGGUCCAUCUCGAGUGAGGCCUAUGGCAGAGUCUCACAGAGAAGAUGCUGUGAGAAAAGGAUAUCUGAGAUUUAGCAUGGGACCUGUAACUCUCGGUCAUGAACCUUGCUAUUCAAUCUUUCGAUGCUUAGCACAUGAUUCCCCAGGGCUUGGUAAAGAUGCCUCAACCCUGUUCAGAGUGCUGUUUUGAGAUUUGAUCCAAAACACAGAAUUGCCGUUCGCCUAGGUUUUCCAGUGUUGAUAUUACUGUAUAUAGACCGGACACAUGCCUUGUGGCACUUCUUGCGUCCUUGGCUUUGUCAGACCUGUGCCUGAAGUCUCAUCAGUGAGGUCGUGGAUCCAUUCUUGGGCCGU